CGCAAUGAUGGGUGAUUUUUGACAGCUCUACGGUGACAUCCCCCGAAAUGCUAUUUCGCGGGGGAACUCAGUGGUACUCAAGUUGAAGCCAUCUUGGGCACUCAAUUUCCAUCAUGGCUGCCGCUAGUUCCAAAAAACGACAGUUGGUAUAAAAAAAUGCUCUAGUGCAAAAAAACAUAGUCCUACCUACCCCCCAUCUUUUUGCACUUUUGCUUUUGUACGUUGCAUAUGUGCUUUAUCUCUUUCACACAAGUAGGCACACAUAGGCCCCACCGUGACGUCAUAUUCACCCCAUCAAGCAUGACCUGUCUAUAUGUGCCGACUGUUAAUUCUGCAUUGUUCUGUUCUACCGCAUUUGAAUUCUGUGAAUAGAGGAAAUUUUGUUAAGGUAUUUUUUUAUCAAGAGGCAUACUUACGAAAACUCCACUCCGUACCGGCUUUGUGACUGUCCAGAAGCUUAUACGCUCAGGAAAAUGCAAAACAUUUAUCAUGAUCAUCGAUAUGCAACAUUCGCAUCACAGCCGAUUCUGGAAACCGAAAUGAUGGAAAUUAGCACCUCCAAUCCAUCGGAUUUAUCUGCUCCACCGUCUGUUCUAUCGGUCGUCCCCGCUGUUAUUCUUGAUUCGACAUUCUUGGCUGUCUCAUCGUCACCACCACCUAUAUUCGUUUCGUCAGAUAUGUUGACCAUCCCAUCGUCACCGCCACCCAUCACUGAUGUUUCCGGUACAGUUCUUUUCGGUGGAUCUAUGCCCAGUUCGUCAGGUGGAUCCAUGCCGGGACAGCGAUCCUCCUCCGGACCGUCAUUGUUGACCAUCUCAUCGUCACCGCCACCCAUCUGUGAUGUUUCCGGAUCUCUGCCCAGUUCGUCAGCCAUGCCGGGACAGCGAUCCUCUUCCGGACCGUCAUCCUCACCCAGUCUGACAUCUGUACCUGGUUCAUCUUCAUCAUCCGGCGCGUAUAAUAAUUCACUUGAUAAAAAAGUGGACAUUCUUAUAAAACUAUCGAAGCAGACUGCGGCUGAGGUCAAAAUUAUGUUUAAUGCAAUGAAUCCGAGAGCUGGGACAACCUCACGCAAUACAGUCAUCACUGCCAUUGAAACAAAAGAAGAGUUAGAAGCCUUUAAUGCUAACUUAGAGGUUCAUACGUAUAUGGCUGAGAUGUUAUGCUCGCUUUUGUAUGCAAUUGACCAUAUAAAAUAUGUUAAAGAAAGACUUGACAAAAUAAUAGAUCUAUUGUUUACUAGGGAAUUUCUUUCAAAAUGUAGUUGGUCAGGGAUUGGUCGUCCCAAUCAAAAAGUCGCAUUUGCUGCGUUUGAAAAUGUAUUCGUUUUAAUCAAAUUUGCUGGAGGAAACAAAUUUCUUCAAUUGAAUGACGACUACGUGAAGAAGAUUUUAGUGAGUAAAAUAGAUCAUGGGAAGGGAAGAAAUGAAACAAAAACGUUGCGGGAAAUCGUUUCACUUUAGAAGCUUA